GGUCAGUGGAAUCAAGAGUCUCUACGAGUCUGAACUGGCUGAUGCCCGAAGAGUUUUGGAUGAGACUGCCAAGGAGAGAGCUAGGCUACAGAUUGAAAUAGGAAAGCUGAGAGCAGAGCUCGAGGAGUUCAAUAAAAGCUACAAGAAGAAAGAUGCAGACUUGUCUGUGGCUCAGGGACGCAUCAAGGACCUGGAAGUUCUGUUCCACAGGAGUGAGGCAGAACUCAACACUGUGCUCAAUGAGAAACGCAGUCUGGAGGCAGAGGUGGCUGAUCUGCGUGCCCAGCUGGCCAAGGCUGAGGAUGGCCAUGCUGUGGCUAAGAAGCAGCUGGAGAAGGAAACACUCAUGCGUGUGGACCUGGAGAAUCGGUGCCAGAGCUUGCAAGAGGAUCUGGACUUCAGGAAGAAUGUGUUUGAGGAGGAGAUAAGGGAAACCAGGAAGAGACACGAGCACCGACUGGUCGAGGUGGACACGAGCCGCCAGCAGGAGUACGAGUCCAAAAUGAGUCAGGCUCUGGAGGAUCUGAGAAUCCAGCAUGAUGAGCAAGUCAAGCUGUACAAGAUAGAGUUGGAGCAGACCUACCAGGCUAAGCUGGAGAAUGCCAAACUGUCCUCUGACCAAAACGACAAAGCUGCUGGUGCAGCUCGGGAGGAGCUGAAGGAGGCUCGGAUGAGGAUAGAGGCUCUGGGCUACCAGCUCUCUGCCCUUCAGAAACAGGCCAGCACGGCGGAGGAUCGCAUUCGGGAGCUGGAGGAGAUGAUGGCUGGGGAGAGGGAGAAGUUCAGGAAGAUGCUGGAUGCGAAGGAGAGGGAGAUGACAGACAUGAGGGACCAGAUGCAGCUGCAGCUCACAGAGUACCAGGAGCUGCUCGAUGUGAAAUUAGCCCUGGACAUGGAGAUCAGCGCUUACCGCAAGCUCCUGGAGGGAGAAGAGGAGAGAUUGAAGCUGUCUCCCAGUCCCUCCUCCCGUGUCACAGUGUCCAGGGCCACCUCCAGCAGCAGCAGCAGCAGCUCCCUCAUCCGCUCCUCCCGGGGCAAGAGGAAACGCAUCGAAGCAGAGGAGCUCUCUGGCAGUGGCACAAGUGGCAUUGGCACUGGGAGCAUCAGUGGCAGCAGCAGCAGCAGCAGCUUCCAAAUGUCCCAGCAAGCCUCAGCUACAGGGAGCAUCAGCAUAGAAGAGAUCGACCUGGAGGGCAAAUACGUUCAGCUGAAGAACAACUCGGACAAGGAUCAGUCUUUGGGUAACUGGAGACUGAAAAGACAAAUUGGAGAUGGAGAAGAAAUUGCUUACAAAUUUACUCCUAAGUAUGUCCUCAGAGCUGGGCAGACUGUAACAAUCUGGGGUGCAGAUGCAGGGGUGGCUCACAGCCCUCCCUCUGUGCUGGUGUGGAAGACCCAAGGCAGCUGGGGCACUGGAGGGAACAUCCGCACGUACCUGGUGAACUCUGAGGGAGAGGAGGUUGCAGUGAGAAGUGUUACUAAGUCAGUAGUCAUGAGAGAGAAUGAAGAGGAAGAGGAUGAAGCAGACUAUGGAGAAGAAGACCUUUACAACCAGCAGGGGGAUCCCAGAACAACCUCCAGAGGAUGUGCAGUGAUGUGAGAAAAAAAAGAAGAAACUAUUAUUUGUGCUUUUCUUCCCCCUUCAUUUAUUUCCUUUUAUUUUUGCUAUUUUUUCCCUCCUCCAGAGCCACUGAAAACUAUUUUUAUAUGCAUCAUCUGAUUUCUUUGAAGUUUUACUCCUUGGUACAUUUUUAUAAAAAAAA